AAAUAAUAUUUAUUAAAAUUUCAAAAGAAAAAAAUCACAUUAAUAAGAAAAUUAACAAUAAAAAGGAAAAAUACAAAAUACAAAAAAGAAAAAACAGUUAAAAACAAUUCCAUCUUUUCAUCACUUCUUUUACAUUUACUUGUUUCCCGGACCUCCUCAUACCUCCCUCUUUUGUAUUCCAAUUCAAUAUGUUAGUCCAGCAAUUCCUUUCCCUCCUUUUUAAUCCUGAUCUUUAAUCUUGAUAAAUUAUAACAUUAAAUUUUUACAUAUUAAAAUCCAAUUUUUCCAUAUUUUUUUAUACCAUUACCGCUAGAAACCGCUUAACUUCAAUCCGUCAUCAUUCUAACAUUCUUAUCAAAGUAAUUGUUACAACCAGUCCAUGCAGAAUGUAGGCACCCUAUAUAGAGAAAUGAGCAAGCCAGUGAUAUUUUAGGGAGCAGGCUAGCAGGCCAUUCCUUGCAUCAUAGGACAACACAAAACCCUGUUGCUGCAUGUAGGUUUUAUUUUAUUUGUUUUUAUUUUAAAUUUUGGAAAUAUACAUCCAGUUUUCCCCCCAUUAUAUUUUUGGGAGGUCCUCAAGAGAGUGGGGCCCUAAGCUAGAGCUUGCUUAGCUUCUACGUGAAUCCGGCGCUGCUCAGAGAGGAUCUAAAUGCGGCGCCGCAAACGACAAUCGGGUUUUAUUGUGACUUGAUCGGGUUUCGUUAGGGAUCGAUCAUGGCUGGCUUCGAUUCCGUCUGAGCAGGCGGCGCUGGGAAGCCGCUCCGCCGAGCGCCGCGUGGCGGGGGCGCUGCCGAGGGCGAGGCGGCCCCGUCGGGCCGGAGGAAGUGCUCGCUUGGCCUCCCCUGGAAGUGAGGCGCUCCAGGCCGGGCUGCGGCGGCUCCCCGGCGCACCAUGUCCCGGCGCGGCGACGGAGGCCCGAAGCGGCACCGGAGCCGCAGCGAGUCGUCGUCGUUGCCCGGCGGCAGCCCCGCCGGCUCCAGCAGCCGAGGCCACGAGCGGAAGGAGCAGAAGAGGAAGAAGCGGGAAGUGCAGCAGAUCCAGCAGAUCCAGCACCUGGAGUCCUUGUAAGGCGGGGGGGGGGGUCCCUCGGGGGGCGGCUUGGACCCUCCGCCUUCCUCCGAGGGCAGCGGGGAGGCGCAACGGCAUCCCUCACCCGAAUCUCAAGCAUCCCCAAACUUGGCCCUCCUAAUGCUUUGGGACUACAACUCCCAUCAUCCCUGACCACUGGUCCUGCUAGCAGGGGAUGAUGGGAGUUGUAGUCCCAAAACAUCAGGAGGGUCGAGGUCGAGGAAAUCUGGUCUGUGUAAAUGUUCUAGCUCUGAAGGGGAUCCUUUAGCUCAGGGGUGCUCUCUUAUUCCCCACCCCCCAACAAGGGGUCAGGCAUAGCAAACUCGGCCCUCCAGAUGUUUUUGGGACUACAACUCCCAUCAUCCCUAGCUAGCAGGACCAGUGGUCAAGGAUGAUGGGAAUUGUAGUCCAAAAACAGCUGGCGGCCCAAGGUUGGGGAACCUAGAUUCUAGGGGGCCGAGUUUGGGGGUGCCUGCCCUAAUCCCUAACCUGCCAAACAGCCCUGUGAGGUAGGCUGGGCAGGGCUGUGGGCGACGCACGCCCUCUGCGUUGAAAGCAAACCCCUCCCCCCUGAAUAAACAUACACAAAUUUAUUGAGGGUCAACAUAAUAGAGAGAUAAUAUAAGGAUGUAUACAAUUUUAUAAUAUGCAGAAGUUAAAAUUGGUUGAGAAAUCAGAGAGAGGAGCUGAGGGAGGGAGGGUUUGUUGGGGAGGUGGGAGGGAAAAAGGGGAGAGUAAUGAAGAUGAUUUGUUUGAAUAAUUUGUUAUGUGAAAACUGUUAAUAAAAACUUUAACAAAAAGAAAAGAAAACACCCCCCCCCAAAAGACCAAUAAUUCCGGGAAGUGGCUCAGCUGUUCUUCUCAGCAGUCUUAACAAACUACAGAUAUAGAUACAGUCACGGUGCCGGAUUUACGUCUAAGCCAGGCAUAGGCGAACUCGGCCCUCCAGAUGUUUUGAGACUACAAUUCCCAUCAUCCCUGACUUCUGGCCCUGUUAGCUAGGGAUGAUGGUAAUCCCAAAACAGCUGGAGGGCCGAGUUUUCCUAUGCUUGGUAUAAGCUAAACAAGCUAUAGCUUAGGGCCCCACUCCCGUGGGAGCCCCCCCAAAAAAAUUAAAGGGGAAAAAAACCCUGGAUGCACAUUUCCAAAAUAUAAGAUAAAAAACAAAUAAAAUAAAACCUACAUGCAGAGCAGUGUUUUGUGUUGUGUAAGUUCCCUAUGAUGUAAGUAAUGGGCCCUGCCUGCUAGCCUGCUCCCUAAAAUAUUACUGGUUUGCUCCUUUCUAUAUAUAGGGUGCCUACAUUCUUCAUGUGCAAAUGGCUUUAGAUACCUAUUAGGUACCAUAUAGCAUAUAUUCAACACAAAAAACAGCAACAAUUUGUUGUUGACCAAGGACAGCUGGACAUAUAAAGGGCCCCAUUACCUUCAGUAAGGGCCGCAUCAAACCUAAAUCCGGCCCUGCCCCCCGAAUCCCAGGAAGUGGCUGAGCAGCUUUUCUCAGAAAUCUUAACAAACUACAGAUAGCUAUAGAUGAUAGAUAAGAUAGAUAGAUAGAUAGAUAGAUAGAUAGAUACGUGCAUACAUAUACGCACACUACCACCUAUUCCCUUGACAGGAUUCAAGACGGCUUGCUGAUAAAAUACGAACAAUCAGAAACACAGGAAAACCAAUUACAUAUUUUUGGCCUUCGUUUUUAUUAUUACGUAUUUCGUGUUUUUGUCUCGUAUGUUCAUUCCGUGAACUGCCCCGAGAUCUUCGGGUGAAGGGUGGUUUCAUAAAUAAUAGCAAUAAUAAUAAUUGUUAGCUUCAGCUAUUUCUAUCUGUCUGGGUUUCUUUUAUACAUGCACACAUGUAUAAUUUAUUAAAACCAUACAAAUACAAUAAAAAACAGCACAGCACCAGAUCUUUUCAUUAAAAGCAGUCAGUUUCCAAAACGCUGUUUUAACAAUAAGGCUGUUGGUUCAGCUGUUGGUGGAUGGAAAGGAAGCAAUAAAAUUGCUGGCAUAUUUGCAAAGCUAAGCAGGGUCCAGUAAGGUUAGGGUACCAGGUGUCGUGAUUUCUGCAUUGCCAGUGGUUCGACUAGAUGACCCUCGGAUCCCUUCCAACUCUAGGAUUCUAUCUUCUGCAGGGAGGGAGUUCCAGGGUCUAGGAGCAGCCACUGAGAAGUUCCCAAUAUUCUUUUUUGGGGUGUUUGUGGAAAUGUUCCCUCCUUUCUGGUUUGUUCUGUUAUCUAGACCAGUGUUUUUCAACCACUGUUCUGCGAGAUGUUGCCUGGUGUGCCGUGGGAAAAAUUGAAAAAUUCGAAAGAUUUUAAAAAAAUAAAUAAAUGUCAAAUUUUCGCCCACUAGGCGGGCGCCGGACUGCGUCCACCCUAUUUUCCAUCCGUCCUGGGUGGGGAUCAGAUCGGAUGGGAUCGGAUGAGAGCGGACAGGCGGUCCGCUCUCAUCCGAUUCCCCAUAGAGAGCAGCGGGAUUCUGACAUCUCCCUCUCCGCACACAGUGCGGAGACGGAGCUGUCAUCCGCCGGCUCAGCGGGGAUCAGCGGAUCGAUCCCCGCUGAGCAGAGAACGGUCCGCAACGUUCGAUUCCAGCCAGAAUAUCAGCUUUGUGUUCAGCCAAACAGGCCCAGGUUGCGCACUGAAUAAAGUAUUUUAUAAUUUUUCAUAUUUCUGUUUACUUACUAUUUCAUAAUAAAGUAAUUAUAAAUACUUGCUUUGUGUUUAUUUGAUUCCUAUUCAAGAGAAUUACUUUAUAUAUAGUCAAUAUAGGCACAGAGUUAAAUUUUUUAACAUUUUCUAAUGGUGGUGUGCCUCGUGAUUUUUUUCAUGAAACAAGUGUGCCUUUGCCCAAAAAAGGUUGAAAAACACUGAUCUAGACAUAGCCUUAGUGAUCACAGGAAGUGAUCAAAGGUUUAAAGGGCAUCCUGUCUAGUGCUGUUUUUAUUUACCCAUUCUGGCUUUGUCAAUCAGUUGCUGUUUUGGUGUCAAAUUAGCACAUCCACUUGUAUCCAUGAAAUGGCAUCGCUUCAAAUCCAUGACACAGAAUUUUAUUUUAUUUUAUUUUUAAAAGGAACAGGCAGGCUGCUUCAAGUCAAUAUUACAUUUCUGCCACUAAAAAAACACACAAAAGUUUUCAAAAUUUCUCAUUUGUGGCAAGGUGGUGAAAAUAAAUAUUGUUUUCUCAGAGAUGGCGGCACUACGUCUGACAAAUAGGUUGUUGCUUGAAAUAGUUUCUGGGAUAUAGUCAUUUUCAGCCAAACUCAGAUCAAGAUUUGUAGUUAUCCUGAACUCUGUAACAUCUGUUACAUAUCAGGGGGUACAUUUUUUCUUUUCUUUUUUUUCUUAAUACCAUUCCCAAAUCUUGAAAUACCAUUGCCGGCAUCAACAGAUAGUUUAGGCCUUUUUGAUGUUGCUUUAAGAUUUCUGAUUUAUUAAAUCAUCUUUUACUAUGUAAAAACACUACUGUUUGGAGUUGAUAAGUUGGUUUGGAAUUUUAAUAAGAUGCUUUUUAUUAGCUGCUUAUGAUCAAGUAUCUUAUAUUUUUACUUGUAAACCAGUUUGUGACUUUUGUGAAAAAUGGAUGACAUAAAUAAUAAGCCCGUUUGCUUAUUAUUUAGAUAAGGGACGGGGAAUUGAGUGACAGGUGUUCAAAAACAUUACCCCCUUCUCUAUUUUUGCUUCAGCUGAACUUUCUGCAUUGCUUUGUAGUUUAUUUUCUAAUGACACUAAAGGUAUAUUUUCAAUUUUUUUCCAGCUAUGAGAAACUUCCUCCAGGGUUUAUUAAGGUAGGUUGGGUAGCUUGUAAAACUGUUCUUUUUUAAAAAAAGAAAAUACAGUAAACCAGGAACAAAGAUGCAGUUUCUCUACCACUUUAUACAAAAAGAAACCUUGAAGUGUUUUACACAAAAUAUAAUUGAGGGACACACACACAAUAUGUAAAAAUUCAGCGCAAGACUUUAAAAGCUAAAUGAAACUAGAGUAAAACUAUACUUAUCUAUGGUAUAGAUAAAACGGGGGGUUGAAUUAGAUGACCCCAAAGCUCCUUAUUGUAAUCUCAUGUACCCUGAGGUGAGUGAGUUUGUUUGUGGCAGCCAUGUAGUUAACAGAUCAGAAUAGGAAGCCAAAUGAUUUACUCAGCCUGCCUAGACGUCUUGGUGCACACACCGGCCUGGUUCUUCAGAAUUUGAAGGAAGCCCUGUUAAAAGGUCUGCCUUUCUCCAGAAGUGCAAACCGUAAGUCUGUAUUAAAGGUAAAGGGUAAAGGGACCCCUGACCAUUAGGUCCAGUCGUGGCUGACUCUGGGGUUGCGGCGCUCAUCUCGCUUUAUUGGCCGAGGGAGCCAGCGUACAGCUUCCAGGUCAUGUGGCCAGCAUGACUAAGCUGCUUCUGGCGAACCAGAGCAGCGCACGGAAAUGCCGUUUACCUUCCCGCCGGAGUGGUCCCUAUUUAUCUACUUGCACUUUGACGUGCUUUCGAACUGCUAGGUUGGCAGGAGCAGGGACCGAGCAAUGGGAGCUCACCCCGUCGCAGGGAUUCGAACCACCGACCUUCUGAUCGGCAAGUCCUAGGCUCUGUGGUUUAACCCACAGCGCCACCCGCGUCCCUUAAGUCUGUAUUGGUUGUGGGCUAAAAAGUUGGAGGAGAUAGCAGAUCUGCUGUAAGAAAGUAAGAGUGUCUUGCAGUCCGUCCCACCUCGCAGGGGUGUAGGUUAGACCAGUUUGUCCCAUUUUGUUUUCGCUUCUUCAUUUCAUUUGAUUUGCUUCUUUUGCGUACAGGAAGAUGAGACUAAACCGGAGGACUGCAUUCCUGACGUACCUGGCAAUGAAAAUGCCCGAGAAUUCCUUGCCCACGCCCCAACAAAAGGGCUUUGGAUGCCAUUGGGGAAGGAGGUCAAAGUUAUGCAAUGUGAGUGAGGGAAGUAGAUUUCUGUGCAGCUUUUGGGGAAUGGGGAACAAAGAAUGAAUGGCUUUGCUGGCUGGGGCUGAUGGGAAAUGUAGUUCAAAAUAUCUGUAGAGGACCAAGUUGAUGACAAGCUGGACUUGACAGGCUGGAGAGAAGGAAGGAGGAUGCAGAGGCAGGAGUCAACUGAUAUGCAGACAACGAAGUCCUAGAAGGGUUUGGCAAAAUCUUGGCAGAAGAGGCAAUGGUGUCUCUUAUCUUGCUGUCAUUUUUCAUAUUGCACUUCUGGCUGUGGUUGGUACGGCAGCUUUGACCAGGAAAGCUUGAUCACAGCAAUUCAGGCACUGGUGAUUUCGACACUGGAUUUCUGCAAUGUACUCUAUUAAUAAUAAUACAGUGGUAACUCGGGUUAAGUACUUAAUUCGUUCCGGAUGUCCGUUCUUAACCUGAAACUGUUCUUAACCUGAAGCACCACUUUAGCUAAUGGGGCCUCCAGCUGCUGCCGCGCUGCUGGAGCACAAUUUCUGUUCUCAUCCUGAAGCAAAGUUCUUAACCUGAAGCAAUAUUUCUGGGUUAGCGGAGUCUGUAAUCUGAAGCGUCUGUAACCUGAGGCGUAUGUAACCUGAGGUACCACUGUAAUAAUAAUAAUAAUAAUAAUAAUUUAAUUUCCAUACUGCCCUAUACCUGAAGGUCUCAGGGCGGUUCACAUAAAAUACAUAAAAUCAAAACAAAACCAACAACCCAAUAAAAAAACCCCAAAAGAGCUAGCAUUUUUUCCCCUAAGAGCCAGCAUUUUAAAAAAGGGUAUAGGAUGUAGAUCAAGUCAGGCAAAGGCCUAGUUGAAAAGGAAUGUUUUUGCCUGGUGCCUAAAGGUGUAUAGUGAAGGUGCCAGGCAAACUUCUCUGGGAGAGCAUUCCACAGAUGGGGAGCCACUGCAGAGAAGGCCCCGUUCUUGUGUUGCCACCCUUCUGACCUCUUGCUGAGGAGGCGCACAAAGAAGGGCCUCAGAAGAUGAUCUCAGGGUCUGGGUAAGUUCAUAUGGGAAGGGGUGGUCCUUGAUGUACCGUGGUCCUGAGCCAUCUAUGUGGGGCUUACCACAGUCAAUGCAGAAUGCUGCAGCACGGUUGCUGAUAGCUUGUAGCACCUCUACUCAGCAGAUCUAUGCUGGUUGCUGAUCUGGAACUUGGACAUGUUGGAAGUGAUACUGUUGGUAUAUAAAGCCUUGUACAGCUAGGGACUAGUUUACCUGCGUGAUCUCCUUGUGCCAUUUGUGCUGACUUGUCCGCUUUGAACUGACUGAAAGACCACAUCUGUGAGGGCGAAGGAAGCCCCAGAGAGACCAGAGGUUCAGCAGGGCUUUGUUUAGGCUGCUGAGCCACCCCAUCUAACAGCUGAUGUUUGCGGUAGCACACCAGCACCGGCCAUUUUUACAGCCCCAGAGCUGCAAUUAUAGUGGGGGGUAUUUUUGGAUACAGUAUUUUUUUGUCUGGAUUGGAGAGAGUGGCAGAGAGGGCGUUUAGAGGGUGCACCCGAAUUUAUGCCAUUUCACUUAUGUGCAGGGCCGUAGCUAGGGGGUGGUGAGGUGCCCCCCCCCCGGCCAGGGGCUCAGGCGAGGGGGGCCGCAAAACUGGCUAAAAUAUGUCCAUAAAUAGUAAAGGUAAAGGGACCCCUGACCAUUAGGUCCAGUCGUGGCCGACUCUGGGGUUGCAGCGCUCAUCUCGCUUUAUUGGCCGAUGGAGCCAGCGUACAGCUUCUGGGUCAUGUGGCCAGCAUGACUAUGCCGCUCCUGGCGAACCAGAGCAGUGCACAGAAACGCCGUUUACCUUCCCGCCGGAGCGGUACCUAUUUAUCUACUUGCACUUUGAUGUGCUUUUGAACUGCUAGGUUGGCAGGAGCAGGGACCGAGCAACAGGAGCUCACCCCGUCACGGGGAUUCAAACCGCCGACCUUCUGAUUGGCAAGUCCUAGGCUCUGUGGUUUAACUCACAGCAUCACCCAAGUCCCAUGUCCAUAAAUACGUCUAUAUAUAAAAAUAUGGAUUGUUGCCUCAUAAGAAAAGGUUUUAAAUAGAGGGUGAAUUGAAUGGGUGGAGUGGGGGGUUGGAGGAGAGGCAGAAAGAGCAGCUAAUUUGUCCAUGGCUAGGGGGUGCAAUCUGGACGGUUCUGCCAGGGGUGCAAGAUCGCCUAGCCAUGGCUCUGCUUAUGUGCCCCGUGCCCCUCAGUGUAACCCCCGAGUAAGGGGGGGAUGACAUGCCUGUAAUCUUUCUCAGUGCCUGCUUAAAACAGAGUGGGGGGGCAUGUCAGUUUUGCUCUAUAUGUGCUCUCAUGCCACAACUCCCUUUCCUCUGCAAGACAAGGGCAGGGAGAAAUCUGGUCACGUGAGGGCAAGCAACUAAUGGUCAGUGCUUUGUUUUGUAAAGAAAAGCCAAUCAUUUUUAGAUAUUGGGUUUUAAAGGUACUGAAUAUUUACUUUUUUGGUGCACAGCACUAUGUUAAUAUUUCUUAUUUCUCCCUCAAGGCUGGAGAUGUAAACGUUAUGGACACAGAACGGGAGACAAAGAAUGCCCAUUCUUCAUCAAAGGCAACCAGAAGCUAGAACAAUUCAGAGUAGUAAGUAAAACAUUGCGGCAUUAGUUUAUUAAUGGUGCUUUUGAAUAUUCUGCCACGUUAAGAGUUUCUGAAUUCUUUCUUUUAACUAGGGAACUUUGUAUCUUCUGCAGUGUGCUGUUAGGUAGAGAUAGGAUUUCCCCCAUCAAAUGUUCCCUACUGCUGCUUUUAAGGUUUUUAUCCCCAGCUUGGUAAUGAAACUGUAAAGAAGCCCAGCUGUAAGAAAAAACAGUUGAGAAAGGGAACUUAUAAGAGAGAGUUCGCGAGUGCGAAAGGGGUGAGGCACCUAUUCAAUUGAAUCAUUCAUUGAUUUUAGAUACCUAUAUCCCCUGGUUCUGACUCUAAAUUAAAGAAGAGCAGUUAAUAUGGAUAAAACAAUCACCAGUGAUUCUGCAUGAGGACAUAGGCUGGCAAGGUCUUUGCUUGAAUCCUUAGGAAACAGCAAUUAUUUAAAAACAAACAAAUUGCAAGUUAUUCUAUUGGGCACUGAGCUUCCCUCCCCCUUUUUCUUUAAAGGCACACGAAGACCCCAUGUAUGAUAUUAUAAGGGAAAAUAAACGCCAUGAGAAGGAAAUGCGGUAAGACUGAUUCCUGUUUUAAUCUGGGUCCAUGCAUCCAAUAAUAACCGCAGUCAUAAUAGCACUCAGUCAGUCAGUCAGUUUUAUUGCACAUAGCCAAAGGCUGCUGCAAUGUACACAGAUAAUAGCACUCUAUAAAGUGUUUUGAGGCCUCCAUUUGCUAUAGCAGGGGUCAGUAACCUUUUUCAGCAGGAGGCCGGUCCACCGUCCCUCAGACCAUGUGGUGGGCCAGACUACAUUUUGGGGGGAAAAUAAAUGAACAAAUUCCUAUGCCCCACAAAUAACCCAGAGAUGCCUUUUAAAUAAAAGCACACAUUCUACUCAUGUGAAAACACGCUGAUUCCCGGACCAUCCGCGGACCGGAAUUAGGAGGCGAUUGGGCCCGAUCCGGCCCCUGGGCCUUAGGUUGCCUACCCCUGUGCUAUAGGAACAUAGGAAGCUGUCUUCGCUGCGGAAGACCACUGGGUGCUUCCAGCACUGUACUGUCUGCACUGAUUUGCAGAGGCUCUCCAGGGUUUCAGAAAAGGAGACAUUUCUAGGCCUACCUGGAGACCUCAGGGAUUGAACCUUCUGCAAAGCAAACGCUUUACCAGUGAGUUACACCCCUUCCCCUAAUAAUAAUCCAUUUUCAAAAAAAUCAGUCUUACCCUCAGGCCAGGGCAUGUGUGUGAGUGAGGCUGAGAUUACCAGUUAUGCAUGAUGAGGUUUUUUUUAACCCAGGGGAACUUUUGAUUCAAAGUUCAGUGUGUCUGCCACUACAUUUCAGUAGCUCAUCUAAUGGUGAUGGUUUGAAAAGUUCAGUGUUGCUUUCAAGGGUAGAGACCUCCACUUUUCCAGUCAUAAUUUCCAUUUCCAUUUAAGACUACCACCCACCUAAAAAACAAAACUGCAGGUGGUUUGCCCUGCCAGGCAAAAGGGGGAAUUUGAUCUUGUGUUCAUUGGCCAUUUGUACAUUUAGGAUACAACAGUUAAAGCAGCUGCUAGAGGAUUCCACUUCAGAUGAAGAAGGCAGUAGCAGCAGCAGCAGCAGCAGCAGCAGCAGCAGCAGCAGCUCCAGCUCUUCGGGAUAUAAAGGAAAACACAAGAGGAAGAGGAAGAGGAAAGAAAAGAAGAAGAAGAGGAGAAAGCACAAAUCUUCUAAACCAAGCAAGAGGUCCAAACUGCAUUGAGGAGACUUGUGGCAAGCUUGCAAUAUCUUGCGAAGCAUUCGGAGAACAAUUCUCUGCAAAGGGCGUGUUUUAGGUGCUCCUUGGUGUCAUUUUGUGAGUCGUCCUGUCAGGUCUCCCCCACUGUCCCUCCACAUUGAAUUUUUCUCAUUGUUCAGGUUUGACAAAGUUUGGUACUUUGAGCACAGAGGGCUGCACCUGAGAUAAAGAGCCUCUGGUGUCUUAAGUGUUUUUCUCUCCACCCCCUGCAAUUUCCCUUUUUGACAGUUCUUGGGCCCUGUUGUUCUCCCCCCCCCCUUCCAAUUUCUUUUUAGCCUCCUGAGAGGUCAAAAAUUAAAUCUAGAAUUUUCAGGCAGGGGGAAGCUGCCAGUGGAGAAGCUAGGCACAUAGCUCCCAAGGCGUAGAGAAGCGCCCCAUGGUAUUUCUUGGAGAAUAUGGAGAAAGGGAUUCCUUUAGCGGCAUGUAAACAAGGCCUCUGUGGUCCUGGCACAGCCAAUACCUGGGCUUUGUUGAAGGAAGACUAACAAGGAAUGCCUCUGGCCACUCAGUUUGAGGCACACAAUGGGAAAAAUUGAGACAACUACAAAGGAACUUGGUGUGACCUUCACUCCAAUUGCCUGUACUGCAGUUGACUUUUUAUUAUUGUACAGAACAGUGUGAUUAAACACAGAUCACAGUAUUGUGGAAACGCGUUUGUUUUCUGCCAUUGGAAGAAAUGUCUUCAUGGCUGCAGUUGGACUUCAAUGUAACCAUUUUUCCUUUAAUGCCAGCCUGUAAAAUAGGUGACCCACUCAGCCAAAUGCAAUGCAGCAGCCUUUUAUUACAGACCAUGAGGGGCUCUUCAAAUCUCCUGUUUGGGCCGUCUGCUUGGAACUGCAGCGGAAGGGGUCGUCAAGCGGUGGAACAGGGUUAGUUGGCUGCAUUCAUCUUGCAGAAUCACAAGCUGUAGAGAACCAGAUUUAAAGCUCUCUGUCCCAUAUGAAUUAUGGCACAGUUUUGUCUUGUCUGAUAAUUCCAUACUUGAAAGCGUUGUGUAUAUGAUGUAACAUAGGGAGCCACAACAAGCCUUUUCUGUUCACAGGGCAAAAUGAUGCAAAUUUUGCAUAUGAUGCCAUCUUCAAGCAGUAAUUUUAAAGAGGUGUGCUUCAUCAUACCAAAAGCAUAUAACAGGAUUGGCAUUACUACAAUUGAAAUCUAGACUUAAAUUUCAGUUGCGCUUUUUCCUGCAAAUAUCAUUAUGCAGAGCACAUAAAAUAGUUCUGCUGCCCUAUGGAACUGAACCCUUAAGCGUUAAAAAUAGCCUUGCUACUAUGUUUUUUAAAUAAUAAGCAGCAAACAGGUUGACUGCUAGAAAGAUUGCUUGAAAAGCUAAACAUUGUCUGUAAAUAAGUUAGCAAGAUGUAUUCUUUUGGGAUGUCAGAAAAUGUUUGUGAAGUGGUUAUAAUCAGAAUAUACUUUUACGUAGCAUCACUAGACCAUAAAUUCAGGUUCUCUUUUGUUAAAAAAAAGAAAAGAAGAGAAACCUUAUAAGGGUAGAAAUGUUAAUAUUGUUGCAGCCGAUUUCUCAAAUAAAAAACUCAUUCACCUGUAUUGGCUUGAAGAUACGUGCCAAUGAAAACCAGGUAACAAUGAGAGGGCAACAGGAGCGUUUGGGCCACAAAAAUUGAAGCAACUCUUGCUGUCCCUGGAUUUCACAAUGCUUGAGCGAGUGAAUAACAUCCAACAGAGUUCUUCUGAAAAUGGAACUUCAUUCAACCCUUAAUGAAAGUUUCUCAAACUAAGUUGCAGUUUCCAAACAGAAAACUUACUUGCUUCAAAGUUUGCCAUUUCAAGUAAAUGUUUGAGGCGCUACAAUUAAUAUUCCGAAGACAUCCCAUUAGUGCAAUUUUAAACUUUUAUUUUGGUUAAAUGUCAGUUGUGUUAUUUACAAAACCAAGUGCCUUUGUUUUGGUGUUCAUUUUUUUAUACAUUUUGUCAGAUGUGUGCUCAGAAACCUUUAUAGUGCAACUUUAAUCUUGCCGAGCCACUUGCAACCGUUAAAUAGGACUCAUCUGAAUGAUAUCUGGGGUUUACAGUUCAGUUACGAUUAUCUUCUUUUAUAGAGAGAUCUCCUUGUUCCACGUCCUGCACAAAUGAUAUUAAAGGAGGUUAAUUAUUAAGGAGACUCUGCUGCAGGCUCUCUUUUUAUCCAAUCACAUUUUGAUGGACACUGACCUACUAAAGGAGUUGUCCGAGAUUCACCUGCAAACCUUAGAUGAGGCAGAGCCUAAACGUGGGUCAUGUGCAGGAGUGAUGAGAAAACAAUACCUGUUUGGGGGAAGCUCGCAGGACUCCUAAAAAAAAAAAUCUGUUCUCAAGAGCUCACCUGUGUGUUCCACACACUUUCUAAAUGUUUGACUUGUCCCCAAGUCUUAAGUGUUAACUCAGUGCAAAGCCCCACAAGACAGCCAGUAUCGUGGCACAACAGAAACUUGCAUCUCACUCAUUUUUGCAGCUACAAACUCUCUGUGCAAUAGGUGCAAUUUAACAGGCAACAGGGCAAAAUGCAGCAAAAAUAAGGUGAGUUUGCACGAGAAGCUGCCUUAUACCAUGUCAUGACUGAUUUGGUCCAUCUAACUGGCAGCAGCUGUGCAGGAUUUCGGGCAGAGAAUACUCCCUGCCCUACCUGGAGGUGCUAAGGAUUGAACAAGGUAUCUUUUGCAUGCAAGGCGAUGGGCCCUUCCCAAUGCACAAAAUACUUUUCCAGCUUGAUGAGUCAGAAUACAGGCAAAGCUAUAGCAAGCUGAGUAUACAAAGUCACCUUAGCCAACACCUGAAAUCAGGUUGCUCAUCUCUUCUACAUCCUACAAAGCAGGGC